CCAGCAGACAGUUCCCGGCCUGCUAUCGUUGUGGUGGGUCGCCUCUCGCCCGUGCUCCGAAACCACCUGCUGAAACAAACGCAGUUUAAACCCUCGUGCAAGUGAAAUAGUCGAAGCAAAGUUGAGCGUGAAUAAAGUUAGAAUGCAUCAUUGUUCAGUGUGAUUGCCGCAUGCAGUGGGAAUAGAGGGACAAGGCGGUGACACCCGCAUCCUCCCACUCUCCUCCUCUUGCAGCUCCAAGAAAAAGUCAGGGGACGGGGCAUGGAGUCGCCCUUCAUGAAUCAGGAAUUGUGUGGAAGCUGUCGAUGGAUCUCGGCGGAGUCUUCGUAGUGUCAGUUUGGAGAACAACCUCUCGAGUGUAGCGGCGACAGGUGCAAAUAAAGUCACAACUCCAGUUAGACCAAUUUUGAAACCACAGCCGUUUACUGAUCCAGGUGUACUACACGCCCCAGGAGACGCAGGCGACUCAAAUUACAAAACUCCAUCGUACUUGGGCAUAUCCUGUGCUGUUAAUGGUUAUAGUCGACUAAAUAGAUAUGAUUCAACUCUUCGUGAUGGCUUCCGGUCCCGUGAUGCAAGUCCUGCACGUCUAGCAUUUAGUCGGAGUAGAGAUUCUAGUCCUAUGCGCCCUGAGUGGAAGCUCUUUGAUUCUCGGACAAAGAUUUCACCUCAGGCUACUGCAGCAAAGAUUAAAGAGUUAAAAGAAGAGCUUGCUCGGUUCAAGGCAGAAUUUCCCCACCCACCAACUGAACGAGGUCGGCCGUCUUCGUCCAAGAGGCUUGGCAGGCGCCCUUCUCAAGCACGGAGCAUUAGCGUUGAUCGAGGUUACCUUACCAAGGCAGACUCUGAAACAAUGAGCAAUCAGGGCAACACAUCCACCGACGGGCCUCAUGUCCGCCUGGUUGAGAUCAGCAUGGAUGAUUCAAAUUCAAUGAAGUCAUCAAGCUAUCAGUAUUCUUUUGAGAAGUCUGUUGUUAGAGGUGGAGUAUGUGAGUCAAGUGAUAGUAUACACUGCUCUCAUACAAACGGGGAUGUCCACAGUACCAAAUCAUUUAUCCAGUCAAGAAUUGAACGACUUUACGGACCAAGUGCUCUUGCAGCUGGUUUCCGUAGUCGAAGGUCUUUGUUGGAAUUAGAAAAAGAACAAAAAGAUAGACAAUCUGGUGGUGGACUUAAGAAUAUGGUGUUAACUUCCCAUUCAGAGAAUAACUUUGAACCAGAGGAUAAAGCACCAGAUGGUUUUCCUAGUGUAUUUAGACAUUUACGGCCAGAGUUUAGAACUCAGUUGCCAGUGAAGCGAAAUAGUAGGCUGAGACUGGAUACUUCCUUAGAAAUACCAAGUAUAAAUACAUCACUAGAGAUUGAAUCCCUUAGUAAGAGACCCGGAAGAGUGAUUCCCAUCACUAUAGAAGGCGAAGAACCAAUUCCACCGGUCCCGUUACCACAGACGGAUACUUUAACAAGAAAGGAUGCUAGUCACACCUCUAAUAAAGACAUAAAGAAAGUGGAGCCGAAGAUUUUGGAGAAUGGCAAUGCAGAAAAAACAAAGCCUCAGUUGAGCAAUGGCCCUUGUGUGAAUGGUAGUGCAGUUAAAGAAACCGAUAGUGUUAAGGAAGACGACUUAGUAAAAAGAACUAACAAAGUGAAUGGUGUUGCGGAACCGUGUGAAGUGAUUCAAACUUCAAGCAGUCCUGCUAAAUUGGAAAAAGAUGGCCAUUACUUCUUGAAGGUAGUAGAAGAAGUUGUCAACAGUAUUGAAGCUGAAGUUCUAACUACUGAGCAAGAGUUAGAACUGCAUGGGUCGGAGAUGACAGAAGAGAUUCGUGGAAAGGUGCUAGCGGCUAUUGGUAAAGCUCGACUCUUAGUCUCUCAGAAAAUUCAGCAGUUCAGAGGACUGUGUCACAAGAAUAUUGCUGGUUCAGAAGGAGAAGAAUUUCCAACUACCAGUGAAGACUUGGCAGGCUUCUGGGAUAUGGUGUCAAUUCAGGUUGAUGAUAUCAAGAGCUCCCUUCAAGAGAUCGCAAAGUUGAAGGCUAAUGGGUGGAAGGAGCUGUCAUGGGCAGACACUGUGGAUGGGUCUGGUAAGAAUGUUAUGACAGGCCAGGCACAAAAGAAGCCUGCUCCAAGACCAGCAAGAGCAGCCAAGUCUACCAAAAGUGGUGCGAAAACAGAAGAAGGAAAAGCCAGAGAUGAAGCAAGGAAGAAGAUGAUGGAGGAGAGAAGACGAGCCAUGAAGGAAGCCAUGAAAGCUAAAAAGGCAGAGGCAGAAGCAAAGAAAGCAAGUGAUGGCGAUACUGUGGAGAUAUUCAUCCCAGAAGACAAGUAGAGGAAGGGUGUUGUGGGGCCCCCAGUGUUGAAUCUUGUUAGCAAGGGAUAUUUAUAUAUAUAUAUAAAGAAUUUUUGAAAAUUAAUUCCAUCGCAGUUGAUGAAAUGGAAUGGUGAUAUUAAAGACAUGAUAUAACUUCUGCUUCAAUGGCUUUAAAACUAACUGACAAAUCUGGCAAGAUAAUGUAACGGAAGAUGAGACUGUGUACUAAUUAGGUGAUGGGUCCAGGAGGAACAUGGACAAAUCUAUCUUUAUUAUAAAGAUCAAGCUUGAAAUAGUUCUUUUGAUGAUUGUGAUGCAUUGGGCUAUUAAAAUGUAGUAGGUGUAUAGCACUGAAAUUGUUAUGAAUAGAAAUUUGCUAAUGCAAAAAGAAUAACCCCAAAACUGCUGAUAACCUUAGCCGUUGAUAUAGCAAAUUUUUCUUUUCCUUUUUUUAUAAAAUUUAUAUAUAACUUCAUAAGUAGAUAAGGUACAGUUUUGUUAUAGUACUUGAUUUUUACACAAAUGCUGGUUGGCUGAGUGUACCUGAAUUUGUUUUUAGUUUGAGGGAUUAUACAUAGGGAACCUGAAUUUUUUAUAUGUUUAAUUAUGUACUAUAUAUAGGACAAGUAGUACCCCAGUUUUAAAAACUUGUCUCCAUGGAUAUACAGGAGGGGUUCAGAUGUAAAGUAUCAGGAUGUUACCUAGUUUUUAAGAAAACAUUUAUCUUUUUGUGCAACUGGACUGUUAUUUGAUUAUACUAGCUGCUGAGUAUGCAUAGAACUGCAAUGGAAACCAAAAUAUUUUUAAAUUCUAGCAGAUAUAGACAUUGCAUGCCUUUUCAACAAGUAAUCAUCAUUAAAGUAAGUUCCAUUCUAUACAUAGUUAAGAGUUUUCCAGCUUUUAUACAUGAGUAUGGCUCACAGGUUACUAGGUGUUACAUUUAGGUUAUUUGGAUUUGCAUCUGCUUAUUGGCUGAAAUUCUUCAAGAGCGGCAUCCAAGCUCAGAAGUUGAAGACGUAGAAAGCUGCAAAAAAAAAAAAAAAGUACUAGAUAUGUCCAAAUUCAUCAUUGUAAUCUUAAUCUGGACCUUAUCAUUCAAGUCAUUUUGCGUAUUUUUUUCUGUUUUCUCUUCAUUUGUCACCACCGUUAGUUUUUGUCUUUUGUUUGCAUUAGUACUUAUACAAAUAAUUCUUGUCAGGAUUCUUGUAUUUCCAUACCCACAACAGUGUACAUGCAUUAUGUUGAGACAUUGUUUCUGGUUAUCACUGCUUAGAAUGAUAGGCAUUUACAAUUACCUCUUAGGUAUCGCUGCUAGCACGAUCUUCUCAAUUCUUUCAGUUAGUGCACUUCAGUUUUUUUUAUUUUUUUUAUUUUUUUUAUUUUUUUUUUAUUCCUCGCAACUCUUGAUCUGCAAGGACUUUUGUAAAUGCCAUUCACACAUCUUGCUCUUUGAUUCAUCACCUUGUCCUCUGUAUUGUCCAAGGUUAAGUGAUAGUUCAUCGUUCAUAUCCCCUCUGUACACUGCUUCAAUUGGCAACAACUUGUAUAUGUUUGCAAUGCACCUCUUUAGUUUGGUUGCACAAUCGAUCUGUUAAUGUACCAUCACUGAUAUUGAUUGUGGUUAUUAUGUAUGGCAUUUUGGCUAUGUUGAAGUCACAAGUCAUUUUUAUAAUGUUCUCUAACGUUGCCAGCCCUCAUUUUCUAUAAUCAACUUUAAAGUAGUUAUGGUAGUUGUAGUUUUUUUAUUUAUUCAUUCAUGUAUUAUUAUAGUGUAUAUUUGUUUCAACGGAUCACUUCAUUGUAAUUUUUUAUAAGGUGGUUUAAAGAUUGUGUUUAGUAUUAUUUAGCGCUAUUUUUUUUAUAGACUUGAUUUACAGUAUGGUCAUAAGAUUAACGUGGAGAGUUGAGGAAAAAAAAGAAGAUAUUGCAAGAAAUCUGUCAAAAGUAUUCAUUGUCUGAGCAACAAACCAAGUAUGCCAUUUGACCAAAACAAAAUGCAAUCUAUUACUUUUUGUGGUGUCAGUUAAUGCUAAAAUAAUAUUGACACGGAAGAUAUUGACAAACUUCACUGCAGAACCUCUCUGGCUGAUUAUGAAACUGAAAAUAUUGCCAUUUGCAUUUAUGAUGCGAGUUUCUUGGAAAGUUACAGGUAAGGAUAUUUUCCUUUUCAGCCAGCACUUUAAUUUGUGUAACUGCACCCUGUUGGUUAGGUGGGCAAUAUGUCAGUAGUUUUAUAUUUAGGUAUGUCCUUUAGGUAUUCAGCACAAAUGUUUUAAAUCAGGAUUUUAAAAUGUACUUCUUAUUGUGUUAUUUUGAAGUUGCUCUUUUUAUUGUUAUUAUAAUGUGAUUAUUAUUACCAUUCUUACAUUAUCUUUAUUAUCAUUAUGAUGAUGUUAGUGAUUUAAGUAUGAAUAUUAUUAUUAUUAUUAUUAUUAUUAUUCAAAAUUUUAUUGGUCUCAUCAUUUAUCUUAUCAUCAGCACCCAUCAUAUCAUCCAUUAUUGUUACUGUUGUCAUCAUCACUACAGCUACUAUUAAUAUUACUUGUAGUAUUACUGAUAUAGCUGGUAUUUCUAGUAAUACACUUUAUUCUAUUGUAAGUGUCACAAUCAUCAUCAUUCCAAUAAUCAAGGUAAAGAUGAUUAUUGUUAUAUUGAUAAUCAUGAGCAUUAAAGUGAGGGUAAUAAGAAUAUAUCAUAAUAAUAAUGAUGGUAAUAGCAAAAGUAAUAAUAAUCAUUAUCAUAAAAAAUAUUAAUAAGGAGCAUAAGAAAUAAUAAUGAUAAUAAUGAGCAGUGAUUAGUCUUGCUAUUGGUACUUUCCCCGUUUUUUAUAUUGCCCAGUUUCAGGGGUACUUUAUGGUAUGUGAUGUCUUCUCUGCCAAAAGCAUCUUGUAUUAUCAUUAUAAAUAUUCAUACAUGGUUUUCUACGUAAAAGGGAAAAAAAAAUAUUAAUUUAGUUUUAGAAGCCACACUAUAAGAUGUGUGUUUAGUAGUUAUUAUCUGUCAUAUUAUUUCAUUGUUGUUAACGGUAAAUUUUGAGAUGGGUAUUUUUAUGAUGUCAAAAAUGUGCCUUGUAUCAUCUUCCUAAGAAAAUUUGAGUCAGUCAAUGUUUAUUUCCAAUUAGCAUUAACAUUUUUCAUUUUGUUCAGCCUUUAGGUAAACGACUUUAUUAAUAUGAUUUAACUUCAUACUAUUAAUUAGGCAGCUGUUGAUAUUUAUCUAAACUUUUAUACAGAAUCUUAACAAUUUAUUAAUCUAAUGGAAGGUAUGUUGAGCCUGACAGACUGGCCAAAGGAAUGUCAGAAAAUAAAUCUAUUAUCCAGA